UACAAAGCUCCUGUGGGUGGUUUGCUAACAUGCUAACUAGGUAUCGGGGCAGCGGUUGCGAAAAGUUUGCUUCAGCAGGAUGUGAACGGAUCGCAAUCACAAAUCUCAACCCGACCUCGUUGGAUCAAACCAAACAAGCGAUCUUUAAUCUCUCCCCCUCAGCCACCCUCGUUGUUCGAGCUGGAGAUAUCGUAGAUGGACCAUUUGUGGAGUCCUUUAUCGCUGAGGUUGUCGACGUCUUUGGGCGACUGGACUACGCAGUAAAAUGUGCCGGCAUUCUCGGAGACGCUCUGCGAUCGACAGAAUUGUUCAACGGAUGCCUUUGACCACAUUAACAGUGUUAACUAUCGAGGUUGUUAGCUAUUUUCAAGGGCGGAGCUAAGGCAAAUGAUCAAGCAGGGACCACUACUCAGCCACUAUCCUGGUCGCCCUUCUCAGAGGGAGGGUGGGGGGCUAUAGUCAAUAUCACUAGUCAGUUGGGGAUUGUCGGCGCUCCUAGUACUCCAAUGACACGCUCCGAUGCGAUAGACUACUCGAAAGAUGGCUCUGGGAUCCGAGUGAAUUGUGUCUGUCCAGUUAUUAUUGAGACCCCUAUGACAACUCACAGCGAAGAGGACCGGGAAAGAAUGAAGCCCGGUGUGGAUAUUACCCCGAUAAAGAGGAUGGGGAAUCC